GAUGGAUGGUCGCAGUAUCACUUUGUAGCCUCAUCUUCAACAAUAGAAAGGGAUCGGCAAAGACCGUACUCUUCAUCACGCACUCCCUCCAUCUCUCCUGUGCGCAUGUCUCCUAACAACCGCUCAGCAAGUGCCCCAGCCUCACCUCGGGAAAUGAUCAGCCUAAAAGAAAGAAAAACAGACUAUGAAUCAACUGGAACAAACGCUACUUACCAUGGAAGUAAGGGAGAACACACUUCUAGGAAAGACACCAUGACAGCAAGAGUCAACUGCUCACUGAAGCAUGGCAGAGCAGGAAGGGAAUUCCCAGGGAUGCCACCUGUGUGUUCAGAAGCAGCUCAGAACACUGGAAUCUCAACUUUGUACAGGAAUUCGUACGGUGCACCUGCUGAAGAUAUCAAACAUAACCAG